GGUCACUCGUAAGUGGUCACCGACUAGCUUUCCACCACUCACCUCUGUCUUCUCUCUUCUCUCCAUCAGCACUUGCAUGCAAAUAUCAAAACUCAACCUGUAACACUAAAACUACUAAUCAUUUUGCGAGAAAAUGAGUAAUUAAAGUUUGGGUCUUUAAUUAAUUUGGUUUACAUUUAAUAAGGUGUGUUUUGUCUGCGACCAUUUCUGUCUGUUACCCUUUUCUUGGACGACGCUUUUUCAGCUCCAAUCCUCCUCGUCGUUUUCUUUCUUCUUCUUGCUGUGCCCUUUUGUUGCUUUCUUCUCUCUUCUCACAGUCUUCGAGAUUUUCUCCUUAUUUUUUACUUAUAAUCUUAUAAUAAUGUAUUAAAAAUAAAAAAUCUUGCUUCUGUUCUGUUAUGCACUUUCAGCAGAGAAGCAGUCACUGCACUCUUCUCUACCCACCACCCAUUUUUGUUUCUGAAACUCUUUGCAUUCAAGUUUCCCGCUCUCUGUAGUGAAAAUAUUAAUAAAAGAAAACAAAAAUCGAGUACUUUGUUUCUGCAAUUUUUCUCACCUUUUUCAGGUUAUAAUUGUUCUUGGUGCAUAGUUCCUUCGUUUUCAAGUGAGAGAAAAAGAUGAACACUAGAGUCCGAACUGCUCUUCAGGCAAUGAAAGCUCCGUUAAAUCAUGAGAAAGUAACUUGUUCUUCUUUUUCUUCUUCUUCUUUUGGGUUUCUUGUUUAUUCUCCAGUUUCUUGUUUUUCUCUGUUACAUUCAACAAUUCUCAUGGAGGAGAAGAUGGAGACUCGAGCAAUCAGAGCAAAGGCUGCCCAGAAAUCUUCUGUUAAUCGGCGUCGAUCAAACAGGGAGAGGAAAUUGGCUUUACUACAAGAUGUUGAUAAGCUAAAGAAGAAGCUUAGACAUGAAGAGAAUGUUCACAGAGCAUUAGAGAGGGCUUUUACUAGGCCUUUGGGUGCUCUACCUCGCUUGCCUCCUUAUCUUCCCCCAAAUACAUUAGAGCUGCUAGCUGAAGUAGCUGUUUUGGAAGAGGAAGUUGUUCGCCUCGAAGAGCAAGUUGUGAAUUUUAGACAAGGACUCUAUCAGGAAGCUGUAUACAUCUCCUCCAAGAAGAAUGCGGAGAGUUCCAAUGAUGUAAUUAUUGACCAUCCUCAGCCUUCCCCUACACGACCAAAACAUGUUCGAUCAAAGUCCCUCUCGCAUAAUGAGUUCAGUUCUGCGACAUUUGCAGGCAGGCCUAAUCCUUCCCUUGCCAGAAGCACUUCAAGUAGAAAGCUUAUUUCCUCGGAGGCUACUGUUGAUCGAUCAGCACAUAGUUCCAAUAGGCUAAUGCAUGGGAAGCAAGCUUACGGUAAGCCUAGUUGUUCAUCUUUUCUUAUGGAUGAUGGUCGAGGAAAGGAGAACCGUUCAUGUACUAAUGCGGUGAAGGAUAAACAAUCUCCAGACAAGAAAACUGUAAAAAUUGUGACUCCAAUUAAGAAAGCAACAAACAAACAUGAAUCUGAGAAGUCCUUGGAGCCUUUGAAGAUAGAGUGCAGAUUAGUAGAGCAGGAAAGAGCACAAGAGAGCUCUUCUGGCUAUUCGGAGGAUAAAGUAUCAGAAACUAACAUUACAGACACACCAAACAAGGUAUCCGAGGAUAUAUUGAAGUGUUUGUCGGGCAUUUUGUUAAGGAUUAGCACAUUUAAGGACAAAGCAAUGGAAUCAGGGACAUUACUCUCACGAACAGCCUUUGUUUCUCUGGAGAGCAAUGAAGAAAUUGAGGUGUGGGAUCCUUAUGGUAUCAUUUCAGAGUCUAGAGCUAGAGAUAUUGGUCCCUAUAAGCAUCUUUGUGCAAUUGAAGCUAGUUCAGUCGAUCUCAACCGAACAACAAACGCCUUGUUUUUGAUCCAUAGACUAAAGCUCCUACUUGGGAAACUUGCUUCAGUAAACUUAGAGGGUCUUACCCACCAGCAGAAGCUUGCUUUCUGGAUAAACACUUAUAAUUCAUGCAUGAUGAAUGCAAUUUUGGAGCAUGGGAUACCCAAGACUCCUGAAAUGGUUGUUGCCCUAAUGCAAAAGGCAACAAUAACUGUAGGGGGACAACUGCUGAAUGCAAUUACCAUUGAACAUUUCAUCUUGAGACUUCCUUAUCACUUAAAAUUUACUUGUUCAAAAGCUGCAAAAAACGACGAGAUGAAAACUCGCAGCAUUUUCGGAUUGGAGUGGUCCGAACCAUUGGUUACAUUUGCACUCUCCUGUGGAAGUUGGUCAUCCCCUGCUGUAAGAGUAUAUACAGCUUCUCAUGUUGAAGAAGAGUUAGAAGCAGCAAAGAGAGAGUAUUUACAGGCAGCAGUUGGGAUUUCAAAGACAAACAAGUUAAUAAUUCCAAAGGUAUUAGAUUGGUAUCUAUUAGACUUUGCAAAAGACAUAGAAGCUUUGCUGGAUUGGGUGUGUCUGCAGCUGCCUGAUGAACUCAGGACUGAAGCAGUUAAAUUUGUUGAGAGAAGAGGAACAGAACCUCUUUCACAGCUUGUACAAGUGAUGCCAUAUGAUUUCAGCUUCAGGUUGCUUUUACAAAGAUGAAAAAUUUUCACUUUUUUUUUUUUUUUUUAAAUUUAAUUUCCAGACCUUCCAUCUAUGUUCUGCCAAAAACUUUUGAAUGGUGGGUCUGUACAGUUACUAUAGAAACAGUGGAAGUACAUGCACAGUCCUAUCAUUGUAAACAGCUCAGAAGAAAUAGUAUUUUCUUGAAUUGGAGUUUUUGGCUUCUGUGAUUGUUACAUUUAAAUUGAUUUUGGGAAGUGGAAGAGUGGAGGAAUACAAAUACCUUUCAGCA